CAUUUCCUUAGUUAUAGAGAAAAUGGUAUCUUCCUUACUAUUAUGUGUUGUGGCUUUGAUUACCAUAUUGGUAACUAUUUGGAUCCGAAAAUGGCGAAACCCUAAGUUCGCCAACGGGACUUUGCCACCUGGUUCCAUGGGACUUCCCCUCAUCGGGGAAACCCUCGAACUUCUAUUUCCUAGUCAUUCUCUCGAUCUCCAUCCUUUCAUCAAGAAGAGAAUCCAAAAGUAUGGUCCGGUUUUUAAGACCAAUUUUGCUGGAAGGCCUGUGGUUAUAACCACGGAUUCGGAGAUCAACCAUCAUUUGUUCCUUCAAGAAGGAAGAUCGGUUGAGAUGUGGUAUUUGGACACUUUUGCUAAGUUGUUUAACAUGGAUGGAGAAUCUAAGCCUACUGGCUUUGGGGCGGUUCAUCGUUAUGUUAGAAGUAUUGUCUUGAAUCAUUUUGGAACGGAGAGUCUUAAGAAUAAACUUCUUCCCGAGAUCUAUACUUUUGUUGAUUUAACUCUUCAAAAGUGGACUAAUCAAGAUUCCAUUUCCGUCAAAGAAUCUGUUGCAAGUAUGGUUUUUGAUUGCACCGCCAAGCAAAUGAUUGGUUAUGACUCGACAAAAUCAAAUGAAAAAUUAAGCGAGAAAUUUACGAGUAUUUUACAAGGUUUGAUGUCUUUCCCGAUUAACAUUCCCGGAACAGCAUUCCAUAGGGUUCUUCAGGAGAGCAAGAAAAUAACCAAUAUGAUAAGAGAAAAAAUCAAUGAAAAACAAAAAAUCCCAAACAAAACGGAUCAAGAUCUUCUUGAUCAAGCCGUAAGAGAGAUGAGAACCGAGGCAUUUGUUACUGAAGAUUUCGUGGUACACUUCAUUUUUGGAGCAUUGUUUGCUAGCUUCGAGUCGAUCUCUUCGACAAUUACUUUAGCUUUUAAGUUACUCUCCGACCAUCCUCGAGUUGUCGAGGAACUUAGGGCUGAGCAUGAAGCAAUUCUCUCAAAGAGGGAUAAAUCUGAAGAAGGGUCUUCUUCUCUUUCAUGGGAUGAAUACAAAUCAAUGCCUUUCACACUCCAAGUUAUUAAUGAAACCCUAAGGUUGGCAAAUGUUUCACCUGGUCUACUUAGAAGAGCAAUGAAAGAUAUUCAAGUCAAUGGAUAUACAAUUCCCGCGGGUUGGACUAUAAUGGUUGCUACGUCAGCUCAACAACUAAACCCUAAAACUUACGACGACCCAAUGGCAUUUAACCCAUGGCGCUGGAAGGAUCUUGAUUCAAGUGUAAUAUCUAAGAAUUUCAUGCCCUUUGGAGGAGGAAUGAGGCAAUGUGCUGGUGCAGAUUUCACCAGGGCUUUCAUGACCAUUUUCUUCCACGUUUUAGUCACCAAAUAUAGUUGGGUGAAGGUCAAAGGAGGAAACAAGAUUGGAAGAACACCAUUCUUGGAUUUUGGAGAUGGUAUUAAUAUCAAGGUUUUGAACAAGGAGUAAUUUAUUUGAUUAAUUAAUAUUGAAGAUAGAUUGAACCUACCCUUUUAUCAUAAUUAA